AUGUUCCGCAGCUGUUUUUUCUUUAUCUCGGUCUUGAUUUUGAGCAGCAUCUGUCAAGAAUUCCAACUGUUUCCGGCUUACCAGCAGGCUUUGAACCAGUACCAACGAGAUCAGUACGGCAACUUGAAGAUCGGAACUCGUGACCACGGCUAUUAUUGGUCCUGCGAGAGCGGCGGUCCGGAAUGCCCUUGGGGAGGCCGAAAACGAUGA